GUAACAACCCGAACCAGCUUAUCGAUGAAGUGAAUGCGGGUCUAGCGGCUUCGGCCGAGGUUUCGGAAUUGCCGCGACGGCAUAAGUGCGAGGGCCCGCUCCAGGAUUACUGGCAGUACGUGAAGAAGGUGAGCAACGUCUACCAAGUGGCGCACAUACCAAGAGAGGCGAAGCAGACGCUCGUAAAUGAGUUUCUCCGUUUCGGAUUUUCGGAAGAGUGGCUAGCCGGCGCAAGGGAAGAUUGCGUCUAUGGAUUGGCCUUUCUCAUCUUGCUCUCUCUGGAGCAGAUGGAGCAAACGGUGGGGCAUGAUCGUGCGGUUUUGGUCAAGUACUAUGCUCUGUUCGAAGAGCUAGCCAAGUCUGAGGGGGGUAAAAGCGUGGAAACUCUUGCCGAGAAGACAGAAACAGGUGCCAACAGUCAUCUCAAUGAUGAACUGCGACGUAUUGAAGCAAGCCCCUUCUCUCCUGAUAAACUCGGGUGGUUCAUGCGCACCCACCAGAGUGAGAGUUAUCCGAUGCUACUGGGAUUGUGGCCUAGUCAGACUCCUGCUGGAGAAGCUGAUCCUUCUGAAGGACAAGCAGCAAAGAGUGACGAAGCGACGGCUGCCGAGUUUUUCGAUGAUGAGCAGCAGCAAAGUCUACUGCCACCUGGAAGUCUUCAGGGCGCCUAUUUGGUAGAGCCAGUUGAGAACGCUGCAGGAGGGGGUGGCCCAGAAGAUCUUCUCUUUACUCCGGUACUGCAAGCGCAACAGCAACCGUUCAGCGCCAACGACCUGACCCCGCGUGCGGGACUGCUAUCCCUCUCCGACGCAAGUAAUCUCAAGACGCGCGUAGAUUUCAAGUUGCCAGUGGAGGAUACUGAUGUCGCUCCGUUCUUGCGAUGGAAUGGGUCAGACAAGUUUGUCAAUGAGUUCACGAGCCAGGGUUUCAGGCAGUUGUCGGCACGCAUGAUCAACGAGCUGCAACAUCCUCACUUUUUCCAGCAGCCUCUGCCAAAUUUGUUCGACGUCAAGAUCUACAUCUGGGAGUUCCAUAAAUUCCACGAGUGGACACAGCGUCCGCUGCUGUGCAGCCAGGGUAUGUUUGCGACCGAGGUCACUUUUCAUCGCUGGCUCAUGUAUUCGCCCUACCGCACGACGGACCCGGACGAGGCAGAUUUUUUCUUCGUUCCGAUAUACCCGAGCUGCAUUCAGACCAAAUUCGACAAAAACAUAGACGAUCUGAACGAGUUCUACAUCUCUACGUUGACGACCGGCGACGCCAAGUGGUACUUUGAGCGCAAUGACGGCCGCGAUUUCAUCUUCGUUUUCAGUUCCGAAUGCCUCGACUUUCCGAAAUGGAAAAAGUACAUCCUUCGAAGCAUCUUCAUCUCCGUGGAGAAGACGCCGAUUGAUUAUGAUUCCAUGCAGGGAAGUGAAUACGCAGUAAGCAUAGGAGUAGAACACCUUGUUUUUAAGCGUGGCCUUCAGGUUUUGACUUCUUGUAACUUCUUCUAUCGAUCCCGGUGUUGAAGCUGCUUAUGAGCGGGAACGCCAAGAAGACAUCAUCUUUCUUAUGAGCUACAGCCCAGUUCCUGGUGCUCUAAGACCAAUGCACGAAGGAUUUCGGUUACGUGAACGAGGACAACGCAGAGGAGUACGGAAAAAGCUGCUAUCACUGUAAUUGGUGCUUUUCUCCUUGGAAAGACGUUUUAAUCCCGGGUUUCGUGGAGAAAUGGUCCAUCGAUAAGAUGAUGCUUAAAGCGAAACCGUACCAAGAGCGCACCAACCUCGUCUGUUACCAUGGAGCGGACUCCGACGAAAUUUCGCUCUACAAUUAUGGCAUGAAGGAGAUAUCAACAUCCAUACUAGAUUAUCUGCUCGUGGAGGUGGUGUCUUCCUAGAAGCAUGUAGAGAUAGAAAAAUUCUGCUUUAGUGCCACUGUCCGGUAAUAAAAAUCAUCAUCAUGUACUACAAAGAAAAUGUUUCCCGUAAAGAUCGCAGCUCCUGCCUUUGUUCUUUUUCUAAAACCCAUAUGCCAACGCGACGGCUCGGAACGACAUCCAAGACCGGCUGGCAGGCAUUCCAGGAACGUCAGUUGGCCGGCGCAUUCCAAUUAUCAUGGACUACUUUGAACGGAUGGGCACAUGUGUCUUCUGUCUCGUUCCAAAGGGCCUAGGCUACUGGUCGAACAGGUACUUCUGUUCAGAAAGACAGUAAAAACAGAUAGAGGUACCUCGUCAAUAUUUCCAAAAGAUCCUAGUAGAGCAAGAUCACUGAUGAAUGAACCAAAAGAUUUCGUGUUCGCAAUGAUGAGACAUAUCCAGUUGUUACACACUCGUCGACGUAGCCUCCGGGUUACGAGUGACGUAAACCCUUUAGCGGAUUUCUCUGACAAGCGAGCACCAUGAUUUUUCUGUUUCUCUGCGAUCAUUCCAAAGAACGAAGUGAACUUCACUCUCGCUCAAGAUCUCUUCUAGGUAAACCUUGUUGAACUUAAAAAGUAGAUAGUCUUGUUCACUUCUUCGAUCGCUUUCGUCCUCUAAUACACUUCACCACGACUAGGUUUUUCGAGAUCAUGUUCCUCGGCUGCAUUCCUGUGAUACUCAGCGACGACAUGGGACUUCCCUUCCCCGACCGGGUGCCUUGGAAAGACUUCACAAUAAAGUGGCCCAUGCGAUCUGUGGACACAAGGCUAGUGCAGUACCUGGAGGACUUGCUGAUGCAGCAUCCAGACGUGGUGGAGAGUAUGCACCGAACACUCUUAGACCACUUGUGCUGGGUUUCGUGGCACUCGCAGGAUUAUGAUUGCAGUCCGUAUCGCGCGAUCAUGGAGCAGCUCUUUGCGAAGAAGCUCGGAUUUCCGCGACACACAGGCCGCUUUUGGAACACAGAGUUGGAUUCGCGAGAGUACUCAAACCACAUGCCUUACCCCUACUACCGAGACCAGAUGGAGGGAAAUUUGCCGGAACCAUCAUAGAAGUAGGUGGAUGCAACAACUAGAGUUGGUAGAUCGACGGUUUGGAGCGCCGAAAAACAUCAGUUAUCUUUCUUCAUGAUCGAUGCCCGGUGUAAGUAGGAAAGCAUGGAAAUGUUACGUAGCGACGCAGCUCUUGCGGGCGGUGCUCCUAACAGUGCCGAAGCAAUCCGAGCAGCGUCGACAGAGGCGCCACGUGCAAGACGGAGGACAUCAGGAGCGCAAAGAAAGUGCUGCAUUCGCAGCACGCUGUAGACCAUAGCGGUAGAAGGAGGAGAAUUUAUGGCAAGCGCGUUGACUGGGCACGGUUCGGCAGUAGCAGCACACACGACGAUUCGCAAGACUGGAUACGUCUACGAUUCAAAUCUAGACUAGUAAGAUUGCGAUCGUCGACAACGAGUGAUCGGCAGGAGGACCAAGGGCCUUCGGCUGUUUCCUCCCACGCCGCUUUGCUGCAUCUGCAGUUGUUAAUAGUUGAGGUGAUACGCAGUCGCAGUCAACAUGAAAGACGAUGUCACUUGUCCAAACGCAUCCUAUGUAUAAUUUCUAAUUUUUUCACGUAAUGUCGUCACAGAAGCACUAGCGCAGAAUUUAUUACACCAAAGAAAAUAAAAAUCAUGACUGGCCACGCCAUGGGCGCGCUCUAGCAGCAUGGAAAGUGUUACA